GGAAAAUUUCUUUUGUUUGCCUGAUCCUAGAGAUGGCGAAGAAGCAGAGUAAGGGUCGCCAAAGGGUUGAGAUGGUGAAAAUGAAAAACGAUAGCAAUCUCCAAGUAACCUUCUCGAAACGUCGGGCUGGUCUUUUCAAAAAGGCUAGUGAACUUUGCACUCUUUGCGGUGCUGAGAUUGCAAUCAUCGUCUUCUCACCUGGCCGCAAGGUAUUCUCCUUUGGCCAUCCUGAAGUUGAAGCUGUCACGGAUCGUUACCUCAAUAUGCCCGACCCUCGGCAAACUUCAGGAACUAUGCAGCUCAUUGAGGCUCACCGUAAUGCUAAUAUCCGUGAGCUCAACAUCCAACUCACCCAGGUGGCCAACCGAUUAGACUCUGCAAAAAAGCGUGGUGAAGAGCUUAACCAAAUGAGGAAAGCAAUCCAAAGCCAUUGCUGGUGGGCGUUCCCUUUCGAGGAACUUAGCCUGCCACAACUCCAGAAACUGAAAACUGUCAUGGAGGAGUUGAAAAAGAACGUGGCGAGCCAGGGCAACCAUCUUCUUAUGCAGAGGAUGAACACCCAGCAGUUUCUCAUGGGGAGUUCUAGCUCAGGGGAGAUUCCUUACGAGACAAAGAACAAUAUUGUAUUCGAUGCAAAUAUGAUGCCUGCGGGAUACAGUGCUCCCGACAUGAUGCCUGAGGGAUUCAGUGCUCCCAACAUGAUGCCUCCUCCUCCAGGAUUCAAUCACCAUCCUGAAGGAUACAAUUAUCCGAACCCUCUGGGAUACAAUCCUGGAUUCGGACGUGGGUUCUUCUGAUUACUCUAGUUGCUUUUGUGUUGAAUAAAUAAAAAGCUGUAGCCACAGUGUAUGUUUCCUGUAUGGUUUUAUGUAUUUUGCCUCCUAGUAAUUGGUUCUUCAUGUGUGACUGUAAUCUCUGUUAGACUGGGAUGGUUAUGGACCUGAGAGGCCUAUUAAUUGUUUAUGUAUUUCGUUGUUGCUUAAUGUUCAAUUUGAAACUACAUACA